CGUGGUGUCCUGGGGCAGGUGGAGGGGGCCGUUGUUUCGGGGACUGGAAGAAACUGGGCUGGGGUGGUGGUUGCCCAGGUCUCCUAUGUAUUGGACAAAACUCGGUGAAGUAUUCUGUUAGAGCCGCACGACUUAUGAGUGUGAAGUAGAGCUUGAGAAUACAGUACUGUGAAUGAGUACAUUCACUACUUAUUUAAAAAUGAAGAACCAUGCUCUCGAAAAUGUAUUUCCAGCACUGAUGUGAAGAUAAUCUCCACAAAUGAGUAAGAAUCAUCAAGGGUGCGCACAUCUGAGCUAUCAGGAAUAAACCAGAAACCAAGCUGAUAGCAGACUGAAUUCAUCUGGCCCAACACCAAAGUCAAGCUUGGACUUGCAGGUUGGCAGCCUGUGAAGAAAUGUGCAUCCCAUGAGGCAAUUGGGUGAAGCUGUGCCAUGGGAUACAGUAGCAGUAGACUGGGACCAGACAUGGCCACCUCAUUGAACGUGCCACACAAGACCUCGUUGCCCGAGGGUGUCAGAGUGGGCACUGUGAUGAGAAUUCGUGGUGUUGUCCCCGACAAGGCUCGCAGGUUUCACGUGAACCUGCUGUGCAGCGAGGAGGAGGGCGCUGAGGCUGCGCUGCAUUUCAACCCCCGGCUGGACGAGUCCACAGUGGUCUUCAACACCAAGGAGCGCGGCAGCUGGGGCCAGGAGGAGCGCGGCCACGGUCUUCCCUUUCAGCGUGGGCAGCCCUUCGACGUGCUCCUCAUCGCCACGGAAGAGGGUUUCAAGGCGGUGGUGGGCGACGCGGAGAUCCACCACUUCCGCUACCGCAUCCCGCCGGCGCGCGUGCGGCUGCUGGAGGUGGGCGGGGACCUGCAGCUGGAGUCGGUGAAGGUCUUCUGAGCCGCCGCCGGAGCCUGGAGCUGAUGGCAAUAAAGUCUUCGCCCCUCAUCUGGGCGCCUGCA